AUGAUAUUUCAGAAGAUCAAAACCGACCCCGGCCCUGCCCCUGAUGGCGAAACGACGGCUUGGCUUCAGGUUGUCGCCGGGGUGCUCAUAAAUGCCCUUUCAUGGGGAUACUCGUCCUCCUUUGGCGUGUACCAGCUCUACUACACCACCGCCUUGUCUCUUCCGCCUUCGCAAGUCUCUUGGAUCGGCUCUACCCAAGUCUUCCUGACCUUCUUUAUCAGCGCCUUCUCCGGGCGUUCGGCCGACGCAGGAUUAGCCCAGCAGACGGUGCUCCUUGGGUGCUUCCUGGGUGUAUUCGGCACGUUCAUGACGAGCUUGGCUACAAAGUAUUGGCAGAUCUUCCUGGCCCAGGGGAUAUGCACAGGGCUAGGAAUGGGCUUGAUGUACAUGCCUACUGUCGCCAUUAUCAGAUUUUCUUGGGCUGUUCGUAUCCAGGCUAUCAUUGCCCUCCUCUUUGCCGUCAUUAUUCUCACCCUACUACAACCCCGACUACCGUCCCGGAAGGCCGGUCCCAUCAUAGAACUGCGAGCCUUUCUUGAAGCCUCGUACUCCCUCUUUACGAUCGGCAUGUUCUUCAUCUUCCUGGCUCUUUAUUUUGCGUUUUUCUACAUCAACUCAUAUGCCACGACUGUCAUCGGCGUUUCCAGCGAGACGGCUGCAACAUUUCUCGUCAUUAUCAACGCCAUCACGAUACCAUCGCGCCCUCUACUAGGUUACUUCUCGGACAGAUUGUUCAAUGCCUUGCUCACGUUAGCACUGGCGAGCAUAUUUAUGGCUUGUAUGCUCUUCACCUGGAUCCCGGUCAAGACUCUCGGUGGCAUGUACGCCUGGGUAGCGGUAUACGGAUUUGCUACUGGAGGAACCCAAGGCAUGUUUAGUGGUGCUCUGGCUUCACUCACCCAUGACCCCGCGAAGAUGGGAACAAGGUUCGGCAUGGUGUGCUCUGUCCUUGCCUUUGCAAGUUUAGCAGGACCACCAAUAGCUGGAGGUCUCAUCGAGAGCAUGAACGGCAGUUUUGUCGGGGCUCAGGCUUGGGCUGGGACAGUCACUCUCAUAGGUAGUCUUUUUAUCACCGCAGCACGGUGGUCAGAUAGGAAAGCCGUUCACUAG